AUGAUUUUACAAAGAUUGAAACGGUGUGAUUUUUCAGUGAAAGUUCCUUUUCAAGAUUAUAAUAAUCUAACUUACCACGGUGUUAAUUCGAUAGGAAGGAAUUUUCAUCUGGUGGGAAAAAACGGUUUGCGGCUUGGUUGUUGGCAUAUAUUACCCGAUGAAUUAUCUUUAAACUAUAAAGAUACAGUCAUAAAUUCUAAUGAAAUGGAACAUAUGAUGGAGACAUUUAACUAUUCAAUUAUUGUUUAUUUGCAUGGAAAUUCAUUUGACAGGUCGCAGUCAGUUAGAUGUAAAUUAUACAACGUUUUAAGUGCUUUGGGUUUCCACGUACUGGCCAUAGAUUAUCAAGGAUACGGUGAUUCAAGUGGCUAUCCAUCAGAAGAUGGUUUGAUUGAGAAUGCGAAAGAGAUUUAUCGCUAUGCUCGAAGUCAUUGUGGUUCAAACAACAUUUAUAUCUGGGGACAUUCUUUGGGAACUGCUGAAAGUGGUUCGCCACCACUUGGUUUAAUCUUAGAAUCACCAUUCAAUAAUCUUCGGGAUGUUGUUGCUAAUCAUCCUUUUGCGACAUUCUUCCGUUGCUUACCAUGGUUCGAACGAACAGUUUUAGACUCGCUUAACAGAUCCGGUUUAAAUAUGAGUACCGACGUUCGUAUAACAAAAGUAGAUUGUCCGAUAUUAAUUUUGCACGCAGAGGAUGAUCACGUUAUUCCAGUUCGCUUAGGUCGCAAAUUACGCGACAGUGCUUUGGCUAGUCAUCGUGAUGUAAUUUAUGAGGAAUUCAGUGCAAGUCGCCAUUUCAGUCACAAAUUCAUUUAUUUAGCUGAAGAAUUACCUGAAAUCGUGACGUAA